AUGAACUGAUUUUCCUUUGUCAACGGAAAAAACAUUUUUCGUUGACCAUAUUUUCCGGACGUUACCAAACGCAGAAAACUCGAAAAACAUUUUUCGGAAGUCAUUUUACGGGUUACCAAACACACCCUUAUUUGAAUUCCGGUGACCAAGAGAAUUGAUCUUCAACGAAAUCUCAUUAUGACCAAGCAACAUAACAGACACAAAUGUGUUUUCGCAAAUUCUCGUCAACAUCGUCUUCCAUAGCCUGCUGCAUUCGAUCGCUUUCCAGCUCCCCACUCCCGUGCAUCUUCCACACCACCAACCAUUUCAAAGAAGAACAGCAAGGUCGGGAACUCGAAGUUGAUCAACACACCGUUACAAAUAGAGCCUACUGGACUAGGAAAAUCCACAAGCUCUGCUCUUUUGACCGCAAUGUCGACGAAGCUCUUCGCCUCAUCGAUCAGCUCCGUCUCUACGGCUACUGCCCCGAUUCCCUCAAUCUUAGUAGCGUUAUCCAUGCUCUGUGUCAUGCCCGCCGCUUCCCCGAAGCUCACCGGCGGUUCUUUCUUGCUGUUUCCGCCCAUUCUAACGUGAAUGAGAGCACUUGCAAUGUUAUCAUUGCUCGCUUGCUCGAUUCGCGGAGCCCUGAAUCAACCCUGCAUGUUAUUCGCGCUUUAUUUCGCGAAAAACCUGAGUUUGUACCUUCUUUGAUGAACUACAACCGUUUGAUGGAUCAAUUUUGCGCUUUAUCAAGGCCUAGAGAUGCGCACCAGGUGUUCCUUGAAAUGAGAAACAGAGGGCACUGUCCCAACGUUGUUUCGUACACGACUCUGAUCAAUGGUUACUGUGGAGUCGGGGAAAUUGGUGACGCUUGGAAUCUGUUCGAUGAAAUGUCUGAGCGUGGAGUGAGUCCUAAUGCAUUUACCUACAGUAUUUUAAUUCGUGGGGUCCUUAGAAAGAGGGACAUUGAGAAGGGAAAAGCAUUGAUUGGGAAUCUUUGGGAGGUAAUGAUUGGUGAGGAGGAUAUGCAUGUUAAUACUGCAGCAUUUUCUAACGUGAUUGAUUGUCUAUGUAGAGAAGGGUUGUUCCAUGAAGUUUUUAGGAUUGCAGAAGAUAUGCCUCAAGGAAAGUGUGUAGUUGAAGAGUUUUCUUAUAGUCAAAUGAUUGAUUCACUUUGUAGGUAUGGGAUGUACAAUGGGGGUGCUAGAAUCAUUUAUAUAAUGAAAAAGAGAGGAUUCAAGCCAAGCUUAGUAGCGUAUAAUACAAUAGUACAUGGAAUUUGCAGAGAAUGUGACUUUUUCAGGGCUUAUCAACUAUUAGAAGAAGGGAUUCAGUUUGGAUACUCUCCCUCUGAGUUCACCUACAAUCUCUUGAUAGAGGGUCUUUGUUCUGUAUCUGAUCUUGACAAGGCGAAGAACGUUCUGAACAUCAUGCUAAAUAAGAAAGUUGUAGAUAGAACUAGGAUUUACAAUAUAUAUCUGAGAGCUAUUUGUCUUAAUGAUAAUCCAACUGAGCUGCUGAACACACUUGUUACCAUGCUUCAAACACAAUGCCAACCUGAUCUUAUAACCCUUAAUAUCGUGAUCAAUGGUUUCUGCAAAAUGGGAAGAGUUGAAGAGGCUCUGAAGGUGCUGCAAGAUAUGAUGAGUGGGAAGUUUUGUACCCCUGAUGUAGUGACCUAUACGACAGUCGUUGGUGGUUUGCUGGAAGUUGGGAGGGAUGAUACUACUCUUGGUGUUUUACGUAAUACAAUGCCUAUGAACGGCAUUACUCUUGGUGUUCUGACCUACAACACUACUCUCCAAGGGCUCUUCAAGAUGCAUAGGGUUGAUGAUGCCAUGGAGAUGUUCAACUGCAUGAUCGGCCACGGCACUGCUGCUGAUUGCACAACUUACACUAUUAUAAUUGACGGGUUAUUCAAGUCAAAGCGAAUAGAUGAAGCUAAACGCUUCUGGGAUGAUAUUGUAUGGCCAUCAAGAGUUCACGACAGCUACGUGUAUUCUGCCAUUCUUAAAGGUCUCUGCCGCUCAGGAAGAGUAGAAGAAGCAUGUGACUUCUUAUAUGAGUUGGUAGACUGUGGGGUUACUCUGUGCCAUGUGAAUUACAACAUUGUCAUUGAUGGUGCUUGCAAGUUAGGGUUGAAGAAAGAAGCAUAUCAGAUUCUUGGAGAAAUGAGGAAGAAUGGGCUUGCUCCAGAUGCUGUAACAUGGAGAAUUCUGGAUAAAUUGCAUCAAAAAAGAGGAAUGCAAUUCUGUGACUCUGAGGAUUUAACCCUGCAAUCCCAAGAACCACUAGUGAAUUGAAUCAGUGCAAGAAUUUGCAGGUCAGUGUAAUCCCAAUAUGGGGCGGUCUAGGAUUCUUAUUACAGUUAAUUAUGUCAUUUAUAUUCAUAUUACUAGGAAUUCAUUCACAGCAUUGCAACAUAUUGUAUAGUAUGUGAAUAACAUGUCUUAUAUUAAGGUUGUCAAUAUGCUGCAGUGCUGUGAAUGCAGUUUUAUUUAAAUGACCACCUUCAAAAACAGUAGUUGAGGGCAGUGUUGACAUACUGACUGCACAUGAUAAGGACUUGAACCCUUAACCAAAUCUAAGUGAUGAUGGUGAUCUAAGCAUGAUAAUAUACAAUCUAGCUCUGUAAGAUUUGUAGACUGAGAACUAUUCAAAAGCUAAAGAGUGAUGAAGUUGACAUCCCAAUAGCAAGUCUGAUGGUGACAAAAAUGGGAGAUGCAACUGAUGGCUCUGUUAAGAGAUGUAUGCUGGACGAAUACUCAACUAACAAGGAUUCCAGAAAAGUCAAAGAGAGUUAAUUGAAAACUGAGAAAAUAGUUUGUUGUGUUGUGAGGUCUAAUGACAGAUUGAUAGGUACAUUGUACAUCAUGCAAAGGCAGGACGUUUAAAUGAAUGGCUGGUCAUUUUCAGUUCACAUUAGAGUGCAUGUGAUACUGUUUUCAUUGGGUGUUUUAUGUUGUACUGUUCAAACUAAACAUAUGUAUAACAGAUCACUGGAUUGUCUUCUGUUUUAAUUGAAUUCUUUAAGUGUCAGUUA